UUGUAAUAGAUGUGACGGAAAGUGUUCGAAAUGGUUCUCAAAAGUGUAAUUUUAGUAUUUGCCAUUGGCGGAGUGUGGCCGCAGGCGGCCGAAGCUCUGAGCUGUUAUUCGUGUUCCGGAGGUGAAUGUGUGAACGGAGCCGAUCUGGGCAUCCGGGUGAAUUGUAGCAGUUCGCAGGAUAACUGCUAUACCAAGUUUGAUGGAUAUGUGCCGAUUCAACGGGGAUGCGUUUCGGAUUUGACGGCUGCCGAGCCGUGUGCAGGAAGUACGUGCGAACAGUGCAGCAGUGAUUAUUGCAAUGUCCUCAGUGCGGCCAUCCACAGGUGCGUCAUCUGUUCGUCGGUUCUGGACGCCAAGUGCAUCAGUGAUCCGGGAAGUUUGCAAGAUGUACAAUGUGGCGCACCAAGUAUGAACGUGACGGAUGCGCAGUGCUAUUCGCGAGUGAUCGGUUCCGUCACCGAACGGGGCUGCGUUCAGUCGGAAAUGGAUCUGGCGGCAUGCGCUGGCACUCACUGCUCGACUUGCACCGGGCAAGGUUGCAACAGUGGUGAGUUCCCGCUAAAUCGACAAAAAUGCGUCAUAUGCAGCUCGCAGGCUUGCAACAUCGAGGCCACCACCAGCUACUGUGACCUACCGGAUGACAGCUGCGUAGCCGCCAAAAGGAAUGAUGGAACGUACCUGAAAACGUGCGAGCAAUCGAUGUCCGAUUCGGACCGACAAUUCUGCCAAUCAAAUCCAUCAGCAUGCAGGUUCUGCACCAAGUACGAAUGCAAUAAAAACGAGAUCAACCUCCAGGCCCCGGGCCGACAGUGCUACACGUGUCAAGGUACCAACUGUUUGCACUCAUCGCUCGAGAUCGGAGCCUGUCACGACAUCGAUGAUGAAUGCUUCACUAUGUUCGACGGAUUCAACCCGGUUCAUCGUGGUUGCCGAUCGAUACUCACCGCCCAGGAUAAGGCCAUUUGCGAUGAAACGGACGAUGUAAACUGCGCUCUCUGUACCGGCGAGCUGUGCAACCUACAGGGACGAGAGGAUCACUGGUGCGCCUAUUGCUCCUCGGUCGUGGACAGUAACUGUGUCAUUCCAACCCCUCAGCUUACGUCAGUUCAAUGUCCUGCUCCGACCACAGAAAUCAAAGCCGAUGCCCAGUGCUACACCAGAGUCAUAGGCACAGUAACGGAGCGAGGUUGUCUCGGAUCGGCAACGGACGCCGAGCUAUGUGAUCCCACCAAAAACUGCCAGACGUGUUCGAUUGAAAACGGAAACGCAUGCAACACGGCUGUGUUCCCGGCCGAUAGGAGGAAGUGUGUUGUUGGAACGCAACCCGAUCAGUACUGUCCCAAUCCGUGGGAUAACUGUGUUCAGAUCGCUAGCAGCAGUGGAGGUUCAAACGUUAAAAAGUGCCAGUCAUCGAUGAGUGCGGAGGAAAUGACCUUCUGCAAGGCAAACAGCAACAAGUGCAAUUUUUGCGCCGACGAUAAUUGCAAUCAAGCAACGGUGACGUUCGACUAUCUUGAGUGUCUAUCUUGCAACUCACAAGACGACCCGGCGUGCACUGCAAGCCCAUCAUCGCUCACCAACAUCGAAUCUUGCAGUACCUGUGUCACCCUUCUGACAAACACUUCCCAAGGACAGCAAAUUUUACAGCGAGGUUGCCUGGGUAGCCUUUCCCCCGAAGACGCAGACCAGUGCGUCAAUCAUAACAAUACCAAUUCCAAUGCAAUGUGUGCGACAUGCUCUACAAAUCGAUGCAACGUAGACAUCUACCCGUCUAACAGGUUGGCAUGCUACCAAUGCCUGCGCCCGCCGUGUCUUUCACACGAUACCAUCACACUAGAAUACUGCCCAAUCUACUCGACCACUGAUCGAUGCAUCAUGCUAACUGACACUUCGGGUUUACCCAUUCGCUUGGGCUGCAACAGUAGCCUAACCUCAGCUGAGCAAAACGCUUGUAAAACUAGCCCCCAGCAUUGCAUGUACGGUUCCAAACCGGGAAGCAAUGAUCCCAACGUCCUGCUUAACUCCAACAAAUGCGUGCAGUGCUCCAGUGCGUACGAACCCGAUUGUAUGGGAACUGCAACUGCCUUCGAAGCCCUUCCUUGCAACGACCCGGCAAACACCCAGUGCUACUCCCGCUUCGUGGAUGGCAAAACCACCGAGCGAGGAUGUCUCAACGGUCUGGACUCCAGCUCCCAGACUCGAUGCCUGCAAGGCACCAACUGUGCCGUCUGCUCAUCCCGCAUCGAGAAAUGCAACUCCAAAGAGUACCCCAUGGGCCAGCUAAAGUGCUACCAGUGCGACUCGACGAAGAAUGCAACCUGCAAGAACGCCCAGUCCGGAGAUGCCACCUACUGCCCUUCGUACAACAGCCAGAACCAAUGCUACAUACUGGUGCAGAAAAAUGGUGACACAGUCCGGAAGUGUUCCAGCCAACCACGGAAUACGGAAUGUGCCGGAGCGGAACAGUGCGAGGUUUGUCACUUUAACAAAUGCAACGGUCGGGUAUCGACCGCGGUGAUGCCCGCCAUUGUGAGAGCCCGAGAUACGACACCGACUACCACCGGCAAACCAGCUGGAGGAGCUGCUAAUUUGAGCUCGGUGGCGCCGAUGACGCUGAUGAUGGCGAUGAUGAUUGCACUUGCGGUGGCACGUCAUACCUGGUAGGAUUAGUUGAUUGCUGCUUGCGGUAGUGUUGUCACUGUUGAGUUAAUAUACUUCUGUACGCUUGAUUUUGGUAUGCGUGUUGAGGAAGGUUAAUGAAUGUUUAGUU